UGAAGUACAACACUAAAGGUUGCGUAGACUGAAAUGUCGAAAGAAAGUAAAGCGAAACGCGCGGACGCCAGUGUAGAAUCCAACGUUGUUGGUAACUGUCCUAUACAGCCAACAGCCGCGUAACAAUCCGAUAUUUCGUAACAAUACAGCGGGAAAUAAACAUGGUUUCACUUUCUAUGAAUUAAGAUCGAUUUUAGUCGAUUACGUUAGGAAGUUUUAGCGAUUAUGGAUUUGUUGAGUGCAGCAAGCAAUGGGGUAGCGGCGGCUCGUCACUUAAGCUCUGCACCCCCGGAAGUAAACAAUGCGAUUAAUACAACCCUUUUGUGCCACAGCUAUACCCUCCAACCUGAUUUCGCCUCGUAUUUUGCAGUUCUCAAAGGCAACGCGUGGGUGAUCUGGUCAUGUGGUAUGCUGGUGCUGCUGAUGUUAUGUGUCCUAUAUAUUGUCACAUUGCGGUCUGCGCUGCGUUACUGGAAGGAGUCGUGCAGCAGUGUUGCCGUCGUACUCGCUGUUUACCCUGUGGUGGCAGCGGCCGGCCUCGUUUCAACAGUUCUGCCUCGGGUCCGGAUCCUAUCUGAGGCGGUCGCGCAAGAGGCUGUCAUGAUUGCUAUGUAUCAUUUCUACUUCCUGAUCAUCGCAGAGUGCGGCGGCACGAAUCAACUUGUUAGAAAAUCUGAAGAAUCGCACUUGGAGACACGGGUUCUUCCGUGCUGUUGCUGGCCAUGUUGUGUGCUGCCGAGGCCUCGGGUUCAGCAGAAGAGUUUAACCUGGUUGCGAUAUCUGGUGCUGCAGAUGCCUGUAAUCCAAGGGAUUCUGUAUCUCAUCGUACUUGUAUUGUGGGCUGAAGAUAUGAUGCUGUAUUUGAAUAGUUUCAUAUACAUACAGCCCUUAAUCGCCGUUUCGAUACUAUCAGGGGUUUGGGGGAUCAUAAUGUGUGUGAGAGCAGCUGAAGCCACGGGAGCGAAGCCAAGGCCUCGGUUCCUGGCAUUGCAGCUAGCCCUACUGAUAGUCAAACUGCAGUGUGGUUUUGCGAAGGUACUACCGGAUCUGGUAACUUUGCCUUGCAUUAUGGCGUUGCAUCCAUCAGUAUUUGUAAAUUUGAUACAAAACAUCGUGAUGGUAUUAGAGAUGCUAUUGUUAUCAAUUUUGGCGUGGAGGCUGUACCGUGUGCCACCAGGAAAGGAUGCGGAAAAAGUGCAGCAUGUAGUGAUCGCAGUGCUCGAAGACAGCAUAAGUUCUUUAGAAAAGGUCAACGAUAUCGGUAAUCACAAGAUUUACAACAGUAAAAAUGACAUUUAACGUGAUGAGUAGUGUGUUUUUUCUUAGUUUUUAGUGUCUAACACCGCCGUUAUUAUCUGGGUAGUCAUAUCAUAAACUUCAUUAAUAAUAGUGAAGUUGCCAUCGACUUGCAAAAUAUCGAUUUAGUAGAUAUAGUACAAGAUUAGCUCGCUCGCAAACGAGCAGUCUUUUUAGAGUGUUGAAAUAUUAAUCAGUAAUGUGUGCGAGCAAGAAAGAUAAAUAAAAAAAUCAUGACCGGACGACUCAGAUUAUAAACUCGGUGGUACAAUAAUGUUUCGAGACGUGUUGGGAAAUCCUAAGAAGGUUGCUUUUGAUAAAGCUUGAAAUAUUGUGGGUCGGUGAACGUUUCUUUAGUUCAGCUGAUCCGUAACACUUAUUAUCCUUUAUAAUUGGAUAAUGUACGUCGUAACAAAAAUUUUUGCGCGAAAUAUGAAUUAUAUUUCUACUGUAAAACCUUUUCAAAAUUAUUUUCGUAAACAACUCAAAGUAAGCUUAUAGUCGUAGGUGAUAAGCUUACUUUGAGUGGUUUUGUUAGGUCUAAGAAGAAUGAUCUAGGCAUUUGUUUAUAUCUGAUAAGAUAUACCUAUAUAUCAGUGCCUAAAUAUUAUAUUAUUUACUUAUUAUACAGCAUUUAUCAUUAAUAUUUCGUUAUGUAAUAUUAAAAUAUUGAUAACUUGCGCACUCAACACCGUCUUGUUUGGUUUCCUACAGAAUAUAGAGAAACAAACUUUCAGCAUUUUUCAGCAACCUCUUAAAUUUUUCACGCAGUCUUGUAUCAAAAAGUUACCAUUUAAACAUGUGGACGAAAUAGAGGCUCUUCGUGUUAAUGCUAAAUAUUUAAGUUGCGAUCUGAUAAUUUUAAGAUUUUAAUUUUUAGAACGUUUAUUGAUGACUUCGAUUCGGUAAAUUACUAUAAUUUUAUGAAGUAGGUAUCUAAUUAUGUACCUGAUUUAUAUUUUUUUAAUUAUCGAUUAAUACAUAAUAAUAAAAACAAACCAGUGAAUA